AUGAGCAAAAGAAAACAUCAAGUACUUCUCGACGAUGACUCUGCAGAGGAAACAACAACAAAAACAACAACAAUAGAGGAAUCAGAGGAAGAAACCAAAGAGGAAUCUCCAAAGAAAUCCGAAAAGAAAAAGAAGGAUAAGAAGGAGAAGAAGGAAAAGAAGGAGAAAAAGGAGAAAAAGGAAAAGAAAGAAAAGAAGGAAAAGAAGGAAAAGAAGAAGGAUAAAAAGAAGUCUUCCGAUAGUGAUAAUGAAGAUGAAGAACCAAAGAAGAAAAAGUCUAAAAAGAGUUCCAAAUCCGAUGAUGAAGAAGAAACAAAGAAAAAAGAAUCUGAUAAUGAAAGUGACAAUGAAGUCCAAGAAGAUACACACAUGUCUGAUGAUGAAAAGCCUGAACCUGUUGUUGAAGAGCCAAUGAUUGAAGACUCUGAAUUUACCUUCACUUUACCAACAAAUAUGACCUAUGCUCCACAAGAUCCAAAGAUAACAUAUGAAGAUGUACAAAAUAGCAAAAUUUAUGUUAUUGAAAUACCAAAAGGAUUUUCUGUUGAUGAAGUUAAGAAGAAAUUGGAAGGAAUUUCAUCUCUUGGAGAACAAGAUGAAUAUAUGCUGGAUUCAAAUACUGGACUUGCUUUCUCUAGGGAAGAUAGUGUUAAGGGAUCUAUUGCUCCAUUAUUUACAACUAAGGAUAGCGACGACCAUAGACUGAGAAAUUCAACAAUUGAUGGAUUCUAUAGAAUUGAACAAAAGCUUGAUAUGCCAAAAUAUGAUGCCUUGAAGGAAAAACAAAAAAAACUCGAAGAAAAGAAAUCUAGAAUCCAAGAAAGAGAAGAAUUCUCUGUUAAAAUUUCUCAAAACAUUUUCAAACCUGAUGGUUGGUCUGACAAGUCUGUAGACGUAUCUAAAUCACAUAAGAAGAGUGAAAAGAAAUCUGAAAAGAAAUCUGAAAAGAAGGAAGAAAAGAAGUCUGAUAAGCAUGAAAAGAAAUCUGAAAAGAAGGACGAUAGAAAGAAGGAAGAAAAGAAAUCUGAAAAGAAGGACGAUAAAAAGAAAGAAGACAAGAAAUCUGAACAUAAAAAGGAAGAAAAGAAAUCCGAAAAGAAAGAAGAAAAGGUAGAGAAAAAAUCUGAAAAGAAAUCUGAAGAAAAGAAAUCUGAAAAGAAACACGAGAAGAAGGAUGAAAAGAAAGUAGAAAAGAAGGAAGAGAAGAAGUCUGAUAAGCUCGAAAAGAAAUCUGAAAAGAAGGAAGAAAAGAAAUCAGAACAUAAAAAAGACGAAAAGAAGGAAGAAAAGAAAUCAGAAAAGAAAUCUGAAAAGAAGGACGAUAAAAAGAAGGAAGAAAAGAAAUCUGAAAAGAAGUCUGAAGAAAAGAAAUCUGACAAGAAAUCUGAAAAGAAGGAAAAGAAAUCUGAUAAGAAAAAGUAAAAGAACUAUUUAUUUUU